AUGAUGAGUGAUUUUAAAAAGGAACAAAUUUUCGGGAACGUCGUUGCAGGUACUUACAUCAUAGAGUUUCAGAAGAGGGAAGCAAGUCAGGUGGCCUCCGGUAACCAGUUGAGGAAAUUGUUUGUUAUGUUAUUGUAUAUGGACUCAAUGACAAAUCCUUAUGUCGUUUGGGACGCUACGUGGAAACUCGCGUGCAGUGGAAUUUUGUAUGAUGCAAGGAAGCGACUGAAAAACUCAGGGCUUCAGAUUGCUGAUGAUGAAUUCAAGAAUCUGUGUUUGAUUGAGAUCGAAAAGUUGUUUUCGUCCAAAGAUGAAUAUGGAGAAAGCACAAUUCAAAUCCUAUACGACUUAUUAGUUCCACAUUCAAAUAAUCCUCUCUUAUCUCUGGUUGAAGUAAUGUAUCCACUUCUUUUACAAAACAUGAACAAUCUGAAAUACUAUGAAGAAAGGAGAUUAAUUUCUCCUACUCAUGAUGCAGUAGAUGUUGUUAAUGAUUUUGUAUUGUCAUUGAUUCCAGAUGGUGAAGGAAACCCGUGUACGAAAACUAUAAAUGUUAUGUACAACGAGGUUUUCGAUAAUUUGUAA